GAGAGAGAGAGGCAGGAGCCGCACACAUAUAUGCAUACAUGCAUACAUACGUACACAGCGCUACUGCGAUCAGCGAGCUUCACCGCACUGACAGUCCACAUUUUACCUUGCUAACUCGAACGGCGGAGCCCUUCAGAUAUGGCGGGGCUUCGUUGAGAGAGACAGAAAAUCUCCCGGCACUAUCGUUCAUCGAACAGUUUGCUUUUGGACAAGCGUCUCCCACAACCCUCCUUAUGCACCGCUGCGGCGUGGAGAAACGGCAGCAGCGCUGAACGAGCAGAAGAAAGAGGACAAGAGUGAUUUUUCCCCACUUGAACGGACAAUGGCGGACCGCGAUGCGCUGCCCCUUCCAUUGGAAGUGCGGGCCAGAUUGGCCGAACUGGAGCUGGAGUUAUCAGAGGGUGACAUCACUCAGAAAGGAUACGAGAAGAAGAGGUCAAAACUGCUCGGGGCGUAUCUACCACAGCCUUCAGGACUCGAGGCCUGUAUGGCACACGAGCGCCGGCCUCCCAUGGCGCCUUCCUCCGCUUCACGAUACCACCGCAGACGCUCCUCUGGCACCCGUGACGAACGUUACCGAUCAGAUGUCCACACAGAAGCAGUUCAGGCAGCACUAGCCAAAAACAAGGAGAGGAAGAUGGCUGUUCCCAUGCCAUCCAAACGCAGAUCUCUUGUGGUACAGACCUCAAUGGAUGCCUACACCCCCCCAGGCCUCUCCCCCCUGUCCUCUCUGCCCCCCCUGACAGACACCUCGUCCGGCUCGGAGGAGGAGGGCGGCCAGGGUGAGGGUACCCCCACCUCCAGCCAGGGCAGUGUCAGCAUGGAGCACUGGAUCAGCCGGGCCAUCCACCAGGGUUCCACCACCUCCUCCUCCUCAUCUUCGACGCAGAGUGGGGGCAGCGGAGCCGCGGGACGCCUGGCCGACGUCCUGGCUCAGACACAUGUUGGCAAAUCAGGGCCGAUUGCUCACCUCUCAUUGAAGAGGAAAACUAUGCUCAGCGUAGCGGAGAACGGAAACUCGCUGCGGCGCUCCUGUGAGUUCGGAUCAGAUCUACUUUGGCCACCACCCUUGGAGUCGGAGGAGAAUCAUUCGGCCCCUCCAGACGUCACCACCUACACCUCUGAACAUUCUGCUCAGAUGGAGAGGCCACAGGUGUCCACCGUGCCCAGAACCACGCCCAAAUAUGGCAACGCUGAACUCAUGGAGACUGGAGAUGGAGUUCCUGUUAGCAGUCGUGUUUCAGCUAAAAUCCAGCAACUUGUGAACACACUAAAACAGCCCAGACGACCUCCACUCAGAGAGUUCUUUGUGGAUGAUUUUGAGGAGCUCCUAGAAGUCCAGCAGCCUGACCCCAACCAGCCACGGCCGGAGGGGGCACAGAUGGUCACCAUUCGAGGGGAACCUCUAGGGGUGGUCACCAACUGGCCACCGUCACUGGAAGCUGCACUGCAGCGUUGGGGCACCAUUUCACCCAAAGCACCCUGCCUGACCACCAUGGACACCAAUGGCAAACCACUCUACGUCCUUACCUACGGGAAACUUUGGUCUCGGAGCAUCAAAGUAGCCUACAAUAUCCUCCACAAACUGGGCACCAAACAGGAACCCAUGCUCCGACCAGGAGAUCGGGUGGCUCUUGUGUUUCCCAACAACGACCCCGCUGCCUUUAUGGUUGCCUUUUACGGCUGCCUGCUGGCAGAGGUGGUGCCCGUACCCAUCGAAGUGCCACUUACCAGAAAGGAUGCAGGAAGUCAGCAGAUUGGCUUUCUCCUGGGGAGUUGUGGGGUUACUGUGGCUUUGACCAGUGAUGCAUGCCACAAAGGCCUUCCGAAAGGACCCACUGGGGAAAUACCACAGUUCAAAGGAUGGCCGAAGCUGCUAUGGUUCGUCACGGAAUCCAAACACCUGUCCAAGCCGCCACGUGAUUGGUUCCCUCACAUCAAAGAUGCAAAUAAUGACACAGCCUACAUAGAGUAUAAGACGUGUAAAGAUGGGAGUGUUCUGGGUGUUACGGUGACACGGAUCGCUCUUCUAACACACUGUCAGGCCCUAACGCAGUCUUGUGGAUACACAGAGGCUGAAAUCAUAGUGAAUGUAUUGGAUUUUAAAAAGGAUGUGGGUUUGUGGCACGGCAUCCUAACAAGUGUCAUGAAUAUGAUGCAUGUAAUCAGCAUACCGUACUCCUUGAUGAAGGUCAAUCCCCUGUCCUGGAUCCAGAAAGUCUGUCAAUACAAAGCUAAAGUAGCCUGUGUCAAGUCCAGAGAUAUGCACUGGGCUCUUGUUGCUCACCGAGAUCAGAGAGACAUCAACCUAGGCUCCCUGCGCAUGUUGGUGGUCGCCGACGGAUCCAACCCAUGGUCCAUUUCAUCAUGUGAUGCAUUCCUCAAUGUCUUCCAGAGUAAAGGUCUGCGGCCAGAGGUCAUCUGUCCAUGUGCCAGCUCAGCUGAAGCCCUCACCGUGGCCAUCAGGAGGCCCACAGAUGAUAGUAACCAGCCGCCAGGUCGAGGGGUUCUGUCCAUGCAGGGUCUGAGCCACGGUGUCAUCAGGGUGGACUCAGAGGAGCGGCUGUCUGUGCUCACCGUACAGGACGUGGGCACAGUAAUGCCAGGAGCUCUCAUGUGUGUGGUCAAACCGGAGGGAGUGCCUCAGCUGUGUCGAACAGAUGAGAUCGGAGAGCUGUGUGUGUGCUCGAUCGCCACGGGAAUGUCAUAUUAUGGGCUGUCAGGCAUGACAAAAAACACCUUUGAGGUUUUCCCCAUGAGCAGCUCUGGUGCUCCCAUCAGUGAAUACCCCUUCACCCGGACAGGGCUGCUGGGCUUCAUUGGCCCAGGUGGCCUGGUCUUUGUUUCUGGAAAGAUGGAUGGUCUGAUGGUGGUGAGUGGGCGGAGGAACAAUGCUGAUGAUAUCGUUGCCACGGCACUGGCGGUGGAGCCCAUGAAGUUUGUGUACAGGGGCAGGAUAGCGGUGUUUUCUGUGACAGUCCUGCACGAUGAGAGGAUUGUGGUUGUUGCCGAGCAGAGGCCGGACUCCACAGAGGAAGACAGCUUCCAGUGGAUGAGCCGUGUUCUGCAGGCGAUAGACAGCAUCCACAAUGUGGGGGUGUAUUGCUUGGCUUUGGUGCCUGCCAACACCCUUCCUAAGACUCCGCUGGGAGGGAUCCACCUGUCGGAGACCAAGCAGCUGUUUUUGGAAGGCUCACUGCACCCUUGUAACGUCCUAAUGUGCCCUCACACCUGCGUCACCAACCUGCCCAAACCCCGACAGAAACAGCCAGAGAUUGGACCCGCCUCUGUGAUGGUGGGAAACCUGGUCUCAGGGAAGAGGAUUGCACAGGCCAGCGGCAGAGAUCUGGGCCAGAUCGAAGACAAUGAUCAGGCAAGAAAGUUCCUCUUCCUGUCUGAGGUGUUGCAGUGGAGAGCCCAGACCACUCCAGACCAUGUGCUGUUCACUCUUCUCAGCUCAAGGGGUGCAGUCCUGAGCUCACUGACGUGUCUUCAGCUACAUAAGCGGGCGGAGAAGAUUUCAGCCAUGUUGAUGGAACGAGGCCACCUGCAGGACGGUGAUCAUGUUGCGCUGGUGUACCCGCCUGGUAUAGAUCUGAUUGCUGCCUUUUAUGGAUGCCUGUAUGCUGGCUGUGUACCAAUUACAGUGCGACCUCCACACCCGCAGAACAUCGCCACCACCCUGCCAACUGUGAAAAUGAUUGUGGAGGUGAGCCGGUCAGCCUGUAUGAUGACCACACAGAUGAUAUCCAAGCUCUUGAAGUCAAAAGAGGCGUCUGCAGCAGUGGACGUCAGGUCGUGGCCCCCUGUUCUGGACACAGAUGAUCUGCCAAAGAAGAAGCCCUCACAGCUCUACAAACCCUCCAAUCCAGACACACUGGCUUACUUGGACUUCAGUGUCUCCACUACCGGAAUGCUAGCAGGAGUAAAGAUGUCCCACACAGCCACCAGUGCCUUCUGCCGCUCCAUAAAGCUCCAGUGUGAGCUGUAUCCCUCUCGUGAGGUGGCAAUCUGCCUGGAUCCAUACUGUGGCCUCGGCUUUGUCCUCUGGUGCCUCUGCAGUGUGUAUUCAGGGCAUCAGUCCAUCUUGAUUCCUCCAUCCGAGCUUGAGGUGAACCCCGGUCUGUGGCUGCUGGCUGUCAGUCAGUUUCGGGUCAGAGACACAUUCUGUUCGUACUCAGUCAUGGAGCUUUGCACCAAGGGAUUGGGCCUGCAGACAGAAUCCCUCAAGGCCCGUGGACUUGACCUGUCCCGUGUAAGGACUUGUGUGGUGGUUGCUGAGGAGAGGCCCAGGAUAGCACUCACCCAGUCUUUCUCCAAGCUCUUUAAAGACCUGGGUUUGCACCCUCGAGCUGUCAGCACUUCCUUUGGAUGUAGAGUCAACCUGGCCAUCUGCCUGCAGCCCCACAGGCUCGGGAAGCUUGCAGAUCAGGGGACAUCAGGUCCAGACCCGACUACUGUGUACGUAGACAUGAGAGCUCUCCGGCACGACAGAGUGCGGCUGGUUGAACGAGGGUCUCCACAUAGCCUCCCCCUCAUGGAGUCCGGAAAGAUUUUACCCGGAGUUCGAAUCAUCAUCGCCAAUCCUGAAACCAAGGGUCCACUGGGAGACUCCCAUCUUGGGGAGAUCUGGGUUCAAUGCACUCACAACGGCAGUGGUUAUUUCACGGUGUAUGGAGAUGAGGCCCUGCAGUCCGAUCAUUUCAACUCCCGCUUGAGCUUUGGAGAUACGCAGACCGUAUGGGCACGUACCGGUUAUCUGGGCUUCCUUCGAAGGACCGAACUUACAGAUGCAAGCGGAGAGCGGCAUGAUGCUCUGUAUGUAGUGGGCGCUCUGGAUGAGGCCAUGGAGCUGAGAGGAAUGAGGUAUCACCCCAUCGACAUCGAGACCUCAGUUAUACGCACCCACAAGAGCAUCAUGGAAUGUGCGGUGUUUCCCUGGACCAACCUGUUGGUGGUGGUCGUGGAGCUGGAAGGUUCGGAGCAGGAAGCAUUGGACCUGGUUCCUCUAGUGACUAACGCGGUGCUGGAGGAGCACUAUCUGAUCGUGGGCGUGGUGGUCGUUGUGGACAUUGGCGUCAUUCCCAUCAACUCUCGUGGAGAGAAACAGAGGAUGCACCUGCGAGACGGCUUUCUGGCCGAUCAGCUGGACCCCAUCUAUGUGGCAUAUAACAUGUAGCAUGAGUGUAUGUGUGCGUUUGUUGCGGUGUAUGUUUGUGUGUGUGUGCGUUUUGCUGACUGCACAUGACUGGUUCCAAACGGAAAAUCUGAUUCAGUCUCCUGAAGGGAAGAAGAAUUGCCUCUGCUUUUGCUUGUGUGCGUGUCGCGCUGUUUUCAUGUGAGGUAUUGCGACGUAGUUAAUUUUUAUUCCCCCCUACAUGAGCGAAGGGGUAUUUUUUAAAAUCUGCAUACUGUGGCGAAAUGUGCAUUUGAAGUUUCAGGAAUUCAGUUUGGAGUAACUUGUUGAAAGUAUACAUUGUAUCAAAAACUCUGUCCUUUCAUUUAAAAAAAGGUACAAAUCAAAUUGUAUUUGUAUGUGUGUUGCAGCCGUCCUUCAGCAUUUUGCCGGUUUAGUUUUUAAUCUUUGUAAAUGAUUUCAGAGCAGCAAGAAGAAAAAAAAAAAAGAAAAAAGAAAAUCGCCCCAUGCUUUUUCAAUUCCUACAUGUUUAAUAUCAUUGUACAAAGCUGAAGGUAAACACAUAGUCGGUUGAUAAUUGUGUAAUUAUGUACAGAUAAUAGUUCUUAUUUAUUUAUCUCUUUUUAGAAUUGGUGAGUGAAGACAUUUGGAAAUGUUUUCCUCAUUAAAUAAUAUUGCUGAAAACAUUGUAUAAUCUUGAGUGAGUAGUAUCACAUCAAGUAUAUGUAAAAAAUAUAAAUAUAAAUAUAAAUACAAAUAUAUAUAUAUAUAUAUAU